AGCAUAUUAAUGACAGACACUGAGAGAAAGUGAUCCUCGGCGUCCUCAGGGGGUCCUGAGUUCACAGGACUGAGUUGAUUAAUAUGUAAACAAACCCAUUAGACCACGCAUGUGCUCUUAAUUGCAGGCCAUUUCUGGGGAAGUGUAGUUGCAGCAGCUACACACAGAAAUGGGCGUGAGUUGUCCCUCGAAAGGUAGCCAAGAGACUCGUGCGUUUUUUUUUUUUUUUUUUUUUUUUUUUUUUUUUUUGUACGAACGAUCUGAGCGCUCACUCCAGUCUGGGAGAGACAGAGAACACAACACCGGGAUGGAAGGCACAGGGUUUACAACAGUAGCUGUUUGAAUACUCUCCCAAAAUCAAGUAAGACGCACAGGAGGGAGGGGAGUCUCAACCAGAGAGAGUCGGGGUGCGUCUAUGUCAGAGAGUGUUUGGGAGAGUGAGGGAGCAUCACUGAGAAAUAGAGUGGGGAAGUGAGAAGGGGGACUAAGUCUGGACCAGGUGAUCGACAAACCUCCAAGGGGCUGCCUGGUUGUAUCAUUGUACACGGGAUCAGUGAUCCAACCAUGGUGCCAGCGCGCUGCAUUGCACCGUGUGCCACCCUGGCACUGGCUCUCCUCUUGGGAUGCGGCGUGGUUCUCUGCCUCGGCCAGAAUGAUACGGAGCCCAUCGUACUGGAAGGGAAGUGUCUAGUGGUGUGCGACUCGAACCCUUCUUCGGACGGAGCGGUGACUUCCUCUCUUGGCAUAUCAGUCCGUUCCGCUGGGGCAAAGGUGGCUUUUUCCGCCGUGCGUGGGACCAAUCAUGAGCCGUCAGAGAUGAGCAACACGUCCAUGACCAUCUAUUUUGACCAGGUUCUAGUGAAUAUCGGCAACCAUUUCGAUCUCAAAGCAAGUGUUUUCCAGGCUCCAAGGAGGGGGAUCUAUAGUUUCAGCUUUCAUGUGGUGAAGGUCUACAACAGACAAACCAUACAGGUUAACCUGAUGCAGAAUGAUUAUCCAGUUAUAUCAGCAUUUGCCGGUGACCAGGACGUUACAAGAGAGGCGGCCAGCAACGGAGUACUGCUGAUGGUAGAACGGGAGGACCGGGUCUAUUUGAAGCUGGAACGGGGCACCCUUAUGGGCGGAUGGAAAUACUCCACCUUCUCAGGCUUUUUAGUCUUUCCUCUAUAAUCUGCGACGAAUCACGUCGCAAGGGACUCUUAAUUAAGCCGAGGAACAAAAAGAAAAAAAGAAAAACAAAUCAAACAAAAAAGAAAACGGAAAAAAAACAUGCCAUUUAUUUUUAACUUAAAUAACUGUCAGCCAAGGAAGCCGACAACUUUCUGUACACUCGUCUACUAUUCAGUCAGAUAUCAACAUUCCCUUGGAGUUUCAUAUAUUCAAAUCCAUCAGUCAACUUUAACGCAAUCUGGAUGACUAAAAAUAUUGAUCGGCCAGUGAUUGGCAUGUGCUUGUCGGGUAUGUGGAUUUUUUUUCUUCUUCCUUGCCUGGAAAACAAACUUUGCCGACAGAGAAACGGGUUCACUUGGGCCACACGGACAAGGGAGAGGAUGAGGAGUGGAGGAACUGAUGUCCUGGACAGGCCGACUGUGUUAUGCUCUAUUUUAUGUUUGUAUAGCCUUAAAGAAUAUAUGUUUUGUUUUUUUUUCAUCUUCUUUUUGUCCAGAGUGAAGUAUAUGGAAUUAUGGACAACCGGAGAAGAAGUGCUUUCACGCUCAAGGCAAUUUCUUUUGCACGAAUGGAAGUUUCCUCUUUCUGUUUUGUUGUGCUGUCAAUGGUGUUGCGUUUGGAUGCUGAACAUAAUGAAAAUAAGCCAAAUGUAGGCCGCAGACAAGUUUAUUAAAAGAGAAAAAAGGCGACAUAUCUCAGCCAUCAGCGAUGACUUAGAGCCCUCUCAUUUAUAUAAAAAAAUCUAAUUUAUAAAGUAAAUAUUCGCAAUACUGUGUGUUCUACAUUUCGGAAUCUGCGUAGCUUUGACUGAUUUAAUGUUCAGUGACGUUGCUCACCAAAUGUAUAUUGUGAAGAUAAUAGAAGAGUCCCUAUAUGUCCCGCUUAAUAAAAGAUAUUGUACUGUA